GGUGCCUUUAUAAGUCCGUAGAGUCAUCUCUCAAAACAGUUUUCUCUGCAAGAAAGAACAACCACACAAAAAAGUCAGAGAAACCAAGAAAGAAAUAGAAAAAUGGGAAGUGGAGAAGGUGGAGAAAAGAAGGCUUUAGGGUGGGCUGCAAGAGAUCCUUCUGGUGUUCUCUCUCCUUACUCCUACACUUUGAGGAGCACAGGGCCAGAUGAUGUGUAUAUAAAGGUUAUAUGCUGUGGAAUCUGCCAUACUGAUAUUCACCAGAUUAAAAAUGACCUUGGAAUGUCCAAUUAUCCUAUGGUUCCUGGACACGAGGUGGUAGGUGAAGUGGUUGAAGUGGGAACAGAUGUGAGCAAGUUCACCGUAGGAGAUGUGGUCGGAGUCGGCGUUAUCGUCGGAUGCUGCGGUAGAUGCAAACCCUGCAGCUCAGAUCUCGAACAGUACUGUAACAAGAGAAUCUGGAGUUAUAAUGACGUCUACACCGACGGCAAACCAACUCAAGGUGGCUUCGCUGACACUAUGAUCGUCAAUCAGAAAUUUGUCGUGAAGAUCCCGGAAGGCAUGCCGGUGGAACAAGCUGCCCCGCUGCUCUGCGCGGGAGUAACUGUUUACAGCCCGUUGAGCCACUUCGGUCUAAUGUCAAGCGGGCUCAGAGGAGGGAUUCUAGGGUUAGGAGGAGUUGGACACAUGGGUGUGAAGAUAGCUAAAGCAAUGGGACAUCACGUGACUGUGAUAAGCUCAUCAGAGAGGAAAAGAGAAGAAGCAAUGGAUCAUCUAGGAGCUGACGACUAUGUAGUGAGCUCUGAUCAAGCAGAGAUGCAAAGAAUCGCAGACUCUCUUGACUAUAUCAUCGAUACCGUACCGGUGUUUCACCCUCUGGAGCCUUACUUGGCUAGUCUUAAACUCGAUGGGAAACUGAUCCUCAUGGGUGUUAUUAACACUCCUCUUCAGUUCAUCACCCCUCUCGUCAUUCUUGGGAGGAAAGUGAUAUCAGGAAGCUUUAUUGGGAGCAUUAAGGAGACAGAGGAAGUAUUGGCUUUCUGCAAAGAGAAAGGGCUUACGUCGACAAUUGAAGUGGUGAAGAUUGAUGAGCUUAACACUGCGUUUGAGAGGCUUCACAAGAACGAUGUUCGUUACAGAUUUGUGGUUGAUGUUGCCGGAAGCAAUCUCGUCGAGGAGGCUGCAACAACAACUACAAAAUGAAAGAGUAACUAUAUACAAAUGUGAUAUGGGUCCUAAUAUGUGUUGUGGUGUCUUGUUUUUCAAUUGUUCUGAACGAAUGCUUUGGUGUAUCAUUUAAUGUUUACUUUUGCUUCAAAUGUGAAUUUAUGCCACUGUCUUUUUCACUUUAAGAGAAAGAAUAAAUAUUAAUAUGAGCA